CUUCCGCCAAACAUUGGCGGCAAUGGAAUAGCGCGCCUCAACAACCAGUCACUUCCUCCUCAAAACUCCUCCCUUCAACCAACACCGUCUAUUUCACUUCAAUCAACAGCUCUAUCUCAAACACUAUCUGCUACACAGACGCAACCGCCAUCAACUAUACGCCCGACAAUGCCACCUAUUACAUUUCAGGUGCAACUACUGCUGUUAAAAUACUCUGCAAAAGCAUGUGCCAUUGUGGGUCUUCUCAAACACAGGGACAAAAAAAAACUAAACACCACCGAACAGUUAACUUUUUCUUUUUGGACAGCUGGACAAAAUACUGACCAGCAGGCAACAUUUACUGCGCAGACGAUACCACCACUUGCUAUCCUUCAACUAUCAUCUAAUGCACUUCAGACAAAAGCACACUUUACACCUCAAUCAGAAUUAUC